UAUACAUCAUUAGCACAAGCUUCCAUUUUUAUUACCAAAUUAUAUAUAACCAUUUUAUAUAAAAAAGAGAGAGCUAGUUAGAUCUAGAGAGAGAUAUGGAAGGUAGAUGCAAGAGGCAUCCAAAACACAAGCAAGCAAAAGGAGUGUGUCCAUAUUGUCUAAGAGAGAGGCUUUCACAUCUCUCAGCCUCUUCAUCAUCUUCUAACACAACCCUAACAUCAUCUUCAUCUUCUUCAGCUUAUAGCUCUGAUGAUGACUCUGAGUUGUCUUCUUAUGCUCCUUCUCCUCCCUGGAAAGAUCUCCGAAGACUCAGACCGAUGGGGAAGAGCUUAUCUAUGGCUUUUGAGACUAGAGGUCAUGAGGAAAGAAGCAAAGAGGAUAUGAAGAAGAAGAAGAAGAAAAAGAAAGGAGGGUUUUGGUCUAAGUUGCUUGUUGGUAAUUCUAAGAGGAAGGAGGCAGCUGGUGCUGCUUUGUUUCACUCUAAGACAAUGAAGGAAAGGUCUUCCAUGGCUAUGAUCUCUUGAGCCUUGUUGUUUUCAGUUGAAGUAACUAAAAGGCCAAAAAAAAAGAAAAAAUUCAAAAAGUGCAGAUAUAUUAGAAGAAAAAGAUAUAUCACACAUUAUUUCAUUCUUUUUAUAUAAUAAGAAUUUUUUUAAGGAUUUAAGUAAUGAACCACAAGCUUGGUCUAGCUGGUUCCUUUUGUGAUAUGUAUGUUUGAACCUCUGGAUUAGUUAAGUUGGUUGUCAAUAUUGUAGACAGUACUGAUCAUUUUAAUUACAUGGUUGAUGUUUUGCCAUUAAAGCGUGUUGUCCUAUAAUUAGGUGUUUUACAAAGAAGGGUUUGUUGUAAAUUAAGUCACUUGGAAAGGAGAAGUGGACGUAUAGUGUAAACAUAUUAAAUGCUCCA